GGGCAAUACUUCCAUUCGCAUGCUCAGAGGAGGAGUUUACUCCACUUUUCUGGCACUGUUGAGUAUAACCAGUCUCUUUUGCCCACUAUCUGAAGGUGCAAGUCUUUUUUCACUUGCUUCUCAUCUCUUUGGUCUGGGCUGUGUCCAUCUGUUGCAGCCAUGGCACCCAAAAAAAACAAGACUGCCAAAAAGAACAAAGGGGAUAACAAUGAAAUUACUAUAAUGGUCGAGGAACGCCCGAUCAAAAACAUUAACGGGCUGAACACCUUGUUGGAGGGAGGAAACAGCUUCACCUGCAUCUCAAGUGAAGUCACUGACCCUGUCUAUGCUCCUAACCUCCUGGAAGGUCUUUGUACCAUGAGGCAGGACAGUUUCCUCUGCGACCUGACCGUCUCCACAAAGUCAAAGUCCUUUGAUGUCCAUAAAGUUGUCAUGGCCUCCUGCAGUGAGUACAUUCAGAAUAUCCUGAAGAAGGAUUCCGCCCUCACGAAGAUUGACUUGAAUGACCUUUCACCCACAGGUCUGGCCACUGCCAUCACAUACGCCUACUCAGGUAAACUAACCCUGUCAUUGUACAGCAUUGGCAGCACCAUUGCAGCAGCCAUGUUGUUGAAGAUCAACACCCUGGUGAAGAUGUGCAGCGACUUCCUCAUGCAGGAGCUCAGCGUGGAGAACUGCAUGUACGUGGCCAACAUUGCCGACACCUACGGCCUCAAAGAAACCAAAGAAGCCGCCCAGAAGUUCAUGAGGGGGAAUUUUAUUGAGUUCUCUGAGAUGGAACAGUUCCGGAAGCUCACCUACGAGCAGAUCAAUGACUUCCUCAGUGAUGACUCCCUGCAAUUGCCCUCUGAGAUUACAGCCUUCCAGAUAGCCAUGAAGUGGUUGGACUUCGAUGAGAAGAGACUGAAAUACGCCCCAGAUCUUCUGACCAACAUUCGCUUUGGCACCAUCUCAGCUAUGGACCUGGUCAAUCAUGUCCAGAAUGUGCCCAGAAUGAUGCAGGACCCUGAGUGCCAUCGUCUCCUGGUGGACGCCAUGAAUUACCACCUGUUGCCUUACCAGCAGAACAUUUUGCAGUCCCGCAGAACAAAGGUACGUGGUGGCCUCCGUGUCAUGCUGACAGUGGGUGGACGACCAGCUUUGGCGGAAAAAUCUCUCAGCAAAGAGGUUCUCUACAGGGAUGAGGAUGACGUAUGGAAUAGGCUGACAGAGAUGCCAGCCAAGAGCUUCAAUCAGUGUGUGGCAGUCCUGGAUGGCUUCCUUUAUGUUGCUGGUGGUGAAGACCAGAAUGAUGCCAGGAACCAGGCGAAACAUGCUGUCAGCAACUUCUGCAGGUAUGAUCCUCGAUUCAACACCUGGAUUCAUUUGACCAACAUGAUCCAGAAGCGCACCCACUUCAGUCUCAACACCUUCAAUGGUCUCUUGUUCGCUAUUGGAGGUCGUAACUCUGAUGGAUGCCAAGCUUCAAUGGAGUGUUACGUGCCUUCCUCCAACCAAUGGCAGAUGAAAACCCCCAUGGAGAUCCCCCGGUGCUGCCACGCCAGCUCUGUCAUUGAUGGCAAGAUCCUUGUUAGCGGUGGUUACAUCAACAAUGCGUACUCCAGGGCUGUGUGCAGCUAUAACCCUUCCACAGAUAUGUGGCAGGAUAAGAACAGUUUGAGCUCCCCUAGAGGCUGGCAUUCCACUGCUACAGUCGGAGACCGGGCUUAUGUGAUUGGUGGCAGCCAGCUGGGUGGCCGUGGAGAGAGGGUGGAUGUCUUGGCUGUUGAGUGUUUCAACCCUCACAAUGGACAGUGGAGCUACUCUGCCCCGCUAAACACAGGAGUGAGCACUGCUGGUAUAGUCAGCAUGAAUAAUAAGAUCUAUCUCCUUGGAGGCUGGAACGAGAUUGAGAAGAGGUACAAGAAAUGCAUCCAGGUGUAUAACCCUGACCUCAAUGUAUGGACUGAGGAUGAUGAGUUGCCAGAGGCUACAGUUGGCAUCUCAUGCUGUGUCGUUACCAUACCCACACGCAAAACACGAGAGUCCAGGGCCAGCUCUGUUUCAUCUGCACCAGUCAGCAUAUAGAGUCUGGCAGGUUGUUUGAUGUAGUCUGCCAGAGGACCAAAAAUCCUCGAGCCAGUCCAAUUCAGAAAAUCCUUUAUGCAGAAAGUGAUCAUCCCUCUUUGAGUUAAAAAAAACUGAUAACCUACAAAUGUCACACACACACACAUCUAUUUUGGAAUUGAAUCAGAUAUAUUCAAAUUGUUUUUUAUACGUUUUAUGAAGGAUGGAAUUUCUUCCAAAUUAAGGCAAAUCAUAAAAUUGUUACGUGCGACAUGAAUUCAGGAAGUUGUUUUGUGUUGUGAGACAAAUUUAAAUAUUUUAUUAUCAAGGGAAACAUUUAUUUCCUUUUGGGGCCAAUUCAGCCGUAAUAGUUGAAUCAGCCCUACUCUCCCUAGACCACAGAUUUUAUUCCCAAUAUUAAACUUAUUUGGUGUUGUGCUAAUAGUAACUGCAUUAUUUGUACAAUACACAUAAACAUGCCUAUAUGGCGAACCCUUGUUAUGUCACUAUCAUUACUUUCCAGUGACAUAAAGCUAAAUACACUGUAUAUAGUAUAAUCAACGACUGGACAUAUGAUGAUGACGGAAGACCAUUGACUUAAAUCCUCAUAUACAGCAGUGGAGGCUGCUGAGGAGAGGACAGCUCAUAAAAAUGACUGGAAUCCAUGGAAUGGCAUCAAACACAUGGUAAACCACGAGCCCAUUCUCCACAAUUCAGGUGCCACCAACCUCCUGUGAUAUACAGGUAUACAACUGUGAUUAACAUUUAAAGGGACAUUUAAAAAAAAAAUGUAAACUCAUAUUCAUCAUCUCCAGCACCACCCCAACAUACAACAUAUGUAAAUGAGGGCGUGUUUCUAUGUAGAUGGAGAAAGACGAGUGUUUCCACAGACAUCAUCGGUUUGCAUCCAGUAUGUUGAUGUUGUGGUGGUGCUGCUAGAGAUCAUACAUUUCCCUUUGAAAUCUUCAGAUGUCAAUGCAGAAGAUAAACGAAUUACUAAGCAUUCUUUGUUGCUGAAAUAUAUUGUAGCUUCAAGGAGUAGACGCUGCUGGUUUCUUGUUUGUUUGUUUUCUUUAACACACUAUACACUACAGUCAUGUGAAUUGUAUGUACUGUCCUGACUCAGAAGAAGCUGUUGGGAAAAUGUUGUUAUGAUGACAUUGGUAAUAUUUGUUUUGUAAAAAGAGUGAAUACUGGAAAAUACAGCUAUUAGCCUGAGCUGUUACGGGUGUGGGCACUCUGCAACAGUGCCUCCUAAUUUCCCUGACAGCUCAUGAUUUAUUUUGUUCUUAUUUUAAACAUUUAAAAAAGUUGUGUUUGACAUAUAACUGAAAUUGUUUGAGGUGGAUGGUUCUAAGUUUCACUUGUAGGUGAAGCUGGAUUUAUUAGUCUCACACAUACCAUUUAAGGCAAUACACCAGUAUAAAAAAAAAUCAUACAUAAAUAGUCUGAAUUUGUCUUUUCCUGUAAUUUAUGCAAAGCUAUAUUUUACAAUCAUAUAUGCAAACACUUUUUCACUUUAUCUUUGGCAUAAGUUCUCAUAUUUUUACGGGGCCACAGAAGCAUUUUGCUUUACGAUUUUGGCUAGAAAACUAUCAUGUUUUCUUGCCAAAAGUUUAUUACUAGAGCACGGGGCAAAACGACAGGUCAAGGGCAGGCAGAGGUCAGUAAACCAGAUCAGAGUCCAUAAGGUACAGAACGGCAGGCAGGCUCAGGGUCAGGCAGAGGUCAGUAAAUCAGAUCAGAGUCCAUAAGGUACAGAACGGCAGGCAGGCUCAGGGUCAGGCAGAGGUCAGUAAACCAGAUCAGAGUCCAUAAGGUACAGAACGGCAGGCAGGCUCAGGGUCAGGCAGAGGUCAGUAAACCAGAUCAGAGUCCAUAAGGUACAGAACGGCAGGCAGGCUCAGGGUCAGGGCAGGCAGAAUUGUUAAAACCGGAAAAACAGACAAUAGAAAAGACAGGAGCAAGGGGAAAACCGCUGGUAGGCUUGACGAACAAAACAAUCCGGCAACAGACAAACAGAGAACACACUGGGGAUAACGGGGAAGAUGUGCAACACCUGGAGGGGGUGGAGACAAGCACAAAGACAGGUGAAACAAAUCAGGGUGUGACAAAAAAGUCACUCAUCAAUCAGUAUAUCAAUCAGUAUAUCAAUUGUACUUGAGUUGUUGUUUUAGUUUGCCCUGUACAAUGGAACCAACGGAGUAGUCUAAUUGAAGGAGUGAGACAAAUGAAGCACACCUCAAACACUAAGUACACAUGACAUGCAUUUGACCCAUGUCUGCUGAACAUGUAUGAGCUUACCUUGCUUUAGUGCAGUAAAUCCAGUGGCUGUGAGACACAUUUGCCUAUGAAUACUAAAGAUGAGAUAAAGCCACCUGUAUGUGA